AUGCCAAAACACUCCGCAGACACCGAUCUUCAGACCCUUCUUGUUGUCACAGAUCGCAUUAAAUUUUAUGUGAUCGCAUUACAAGAAACAAAAAUCAAGAAAACCAACAUACGCCGAGUAAACAACGAGACCUUUGUGAUCCGUGGAGAAAAGGUCCCGUCACGAAAUGUCAGUGGCGUAGGCUUUGUCGUACACCCGUCCAUUGUCCAUUUCGUCGACUCAUACGGGAUCCUUUCCCCUCGCAUAGCUGUACUCCGUCUUCAGCUAUCGCAUCAUGAGAAGAUCACUAUCAUCAUCUGCUACUCACCGACCGACGCAGCUGAUGGCUACGAAUUAAAUGCGUUCUACUACCAGUUGGAGGAAGUCAUCCGCAAUGAUAGAACAUAUCAUAAAUUUGUUGUUGGAGACCUCAACGCCAGAACAGGAAAGGCCAACAAGAGCGAAUACAGGAUCGGAAAUUUUGGAUUAGGGGAAAGAAAUGAGAAUGGGAGCCGUCUCGCAGGACUACUGUCAGCAGCACGUUUCUUCCAUGGGAACUUGUUUUUCCAGAAGAAAGAGAGCCGGCGAUGUACAUGGGAGUCUCCCAACGGCAUGACUCAUGCGGAGAUCGACCAUAUUCUGACAAACAGAAGAUGA